AUGGACGUAACUAAAUCCAGUGGCACCGAAAACACAUGCACGGACCCAGAGAGGGUUCAAAAAUAUGCCGAACAACCAUUUACACUGGACAAUAAGCAGGAAUCGUUAUACGAGUGCCCCACUUCCGCGUGUUCAAUCGCAUCCGUUGGCGCCCAGCAAGAUGCCUACGGCAACCUAAACGCAGCCAUUUUCAAUGCCUACAGUCUCGAUAGCUCGGAUGACGAGUCGCCAGUAACACAGGAACCUUACUACUCGGGGAAAACGCCUUCCAUCGAAGGAGCGACGAAUUUCGCAACAUCGGAGGAAAAAGGAUCCACAUCAUUAACCUAUCAGCAGGUAGUGGGAGGUUAUUUUGCAGGCUCGCCUGGAACCCUGUUGAUGGGUACGGGAACUCUCUCUGAAAGGCCGAGGAAUUUCAUACCGGAAUCAACAAUGGGUGAUGCUGCGCCACUGACGCAAGACAUUACAGAGGGUCCAACAGUUGUUAUGACACCGCGCUCGUCGCGGUGUGGGACUAUGGAAGCAAAUGUAUUAAAUCCAGGUGUGUCGACAAAAGACCUAGGCAGCGAAUUGCCUGUCAUAAGGGAAUGUCACACGCCAAUGAGUGUACAACAAGGCACUCCUCUGUCGCGUAUUAGUGCGUCGACAUCCCCGGCCGUAAAAGAUUAUUCGCGUGCGGUGGAAUGCGGAAAUACCUCAGAAACAUCAUUCAUCCACGAGGGUUACGACACUAUACAGAUACCCAGGUACAGGCCCGUGGAAGUUGUGGACAAGGUGGUUGAGGUGCCGAUUGUACAUCACGUAGAUACGUACGUGCCUAAAAAGGAAAUUCAGGAAAUUGAGAGCUUCGUGAAGAAGCCGUACACAAAAUACGUUGAUAAAUUCGUAGAGGUGCCUGAAGUGCAUUACAGUGAUAAAAUAGUAGAGGUACCCGAGUACCACGAGGUAACUAAAACAGUUACCAAAGUAGAACUACAGGAACGCAUCAAGUAUGUACCCAAGGUAGAAGUGAAAGUCGUUCCCAAGUACGUAGAAGUGCCUGUUAUAAAGAUUGUCGAUAGAUAUGAGGAAUACGAAGAGGUGGAGGAAAUUAUUAAGGAGGUUGAAAAGGUCGAAAUCGUGGAUGUUCCAAGGGAGGUUGUGAAGCACGUAAUAAAACCGGUGAAGAAAAUCAUAGAGCAGGAACGCAUCAUACCAGUGAAUAAGCAUCGCGAUGUACCUGUGGAAAAGGUUAAAUUCGUCCCCAAAAUCGAAACGGUCGAAGUCAUCAGAGAGGUGCCUAAAGUUGUAGACGUUCCAGUGCCUUACAAAGUCCACAAAAUCGAAUAUGUAGAUAAACCGUACAUUGUUCCAGAAUACCGCGAUGUCCAAGUCGGGGUGCCAGUCAGGAAGAGGGUGACGCCAAUAUACCGCUAUGAGGGAGAACCUGAGAUCAUUGACCUCCCGGUUCACAAGCCCUACUUCGUUAUACACGACCACAUUGCUUUCAAACCAGCUGCUCAGCCUGUUUCCGAAAAAAUCAAGGUGGUAGGAUCUCGUCCCAUCGAUCUAAAUACCCUAACUAAGGAGGAUAGAUUAGAUGCGCAAGAACGGAUGCAAAACGCUAUCAAUCAAAGGCCAUUGGAACAUCACAAGGAAUGUCACGAAAUAUAUCACGUGAAUACGCAACUCCCUAUGGCCACCCCUAAUGAUCGAGAAUUGGGCGAGUGUGCCUCGCAGCCCCGACACGGGCAAAUUGGAAUGCCAAUUACUCAUGAAAAGCAGUUCUCUAAACCUCAGUUUGGUACACCUGAGAUGCUUUCAAGCAAUAGUAAUAGGCCAAAUGUACCAAUGGAGGCCAUCAUUUAUAUGAGGUCCCCAAGAGGACACUUAUCGCCCAUGUCAGAUGGCGGCGCGAUGGAUGUCUAUCCCCAUUCUAGCAAUAACACACCAAGAAUGGCCAAUUAG